AUGUUGCAGACUCAUAGAUACGCGCUUAUGUAUAUAUAUUUUUCUGAUUUGUAUUUUAGUUCUUGACUUUAAGACAAUUGAUAGUCUGACGAAUUUCUAAUAAUGUAUUUGAAGGAACGUAGGUUUCAAAUUCGCUCGAAGAAAUGAUCUGCUUGUUUACUAUUGGUAAACACUUCUUAAAUUAAUUGUAUAUAAUAAAAUGUUAUAAAACAUAUUCAAAAUUUAGAGCAGAAUUUUUAAUAAAUAAUUAUUUUUAAUAAUCUUUAAUUUCAUCAACCUUCGUGUCAUCAAUAGUACCGUUUGCCUUAUCAUUUAUUAUUGUACCUUUGUAGCUGUUUUUAAAGGCAAUAUUUAUCCUGGAAAUUUGUCGAAAAGAGAAUUACAUUCAUGAAAAGCGACGAUAUCAUUUGCGUGACUUUUUCACUUAGUUUUUUUAUAUUCAAUAUUACAGAUAUGAGAAAAUCAAAAAGUUAUUUUUAUGCAACAUUCAAAUAUAAAAUAAAUAUUUUCUUGGAAAAUUAGAAAUAUGGGUUAAAUUAUUUUUGACAUUAAAUGAUAAUUUUAAUUAGAUGAGAAUUUGCCCAAAUUAUUCGGAUGCGUGUAGUCGAUGCCUCGGGUCGAAUCAAAUAAUUUUCAUUGAGCCUCGGACAUACGAACAAUCCUGUAACUCGUCUAUUUCGCUAGUUUACCAUUUCAUCGGGUCGACGUACAGAAAUGUAACAGAAACGUGGCAACCAUGUUAGACAUUCAUGUUUCGGCAACUAUGUUUUCAUUAGGAAAAUGCGAAACUUGCCUGUGUUCCUUUAACUCGCUUUUCAUUUGUCAUUCCGCACAAUUGGGUGAAUUUGUAAACUGACCAAAUCUCUCGUCGAUUUCGAAUGAUUUUUGAAUGUGUUGUGGAGAUCGAAAGUGAGAAAUGAUUUUUGAACAGUUUUUUCCUUUUAACAGAGAUGUUGGACUUUGUUUGUUAGAGAAAGUUUAAAGUGUCAAUUUCUGUAAUUGAUUUCUAAAUGAUAAUUUAAGGAUCGUCGAAAUCUAUGAAGGAUCGAUUAAUCUACAAGUUCACCGGCAAUCAGAUAGAGAUAAUUGGAGCAAAAAUCAAAUGAGUAAUACAACUCGUGCAAUCUUAACCGAAAAAAUUUGCGGAACAUAAGAAUGCUAUAAGUCUAGCUAAUGGAAUGCCAAAUGCGAUGACAUUUCCUUUCGAAGAGAUUUCCGUAACAUAUAGAGGUGGUACAAGAAUAAAAUUAACUGGAGAAGAGUUGUCUACGUCUCUUCAAUAUGCUCCAUCUCAAGGAUAUUUACCACUACUGGAAAAAAUGCGAGAACUUCAAGAACAUUGGCACAAGCCAAUAUACAAUGAUUGGGAUAUAGUUCUUACAUGUGGAUCGAUGGAAGGAUGUAGCAAAGUUUUAGAAAUGGUUUUAGAAAUCGGUGAUCCCAUGAUGGCUCAAGUACCCACUUACGAUGGAAUUCUAGGCGUGAUUCUUUACGUAAAUCCUACAGGGGGUAAUCCAACGGGAACGGUUUUAACAGACUCUCGUAAAAGAGAAAUUUACGAAUUAGCUGAAACGUACAACUUUUUGAUCCUCGAGGACGAUCCCUACAGUUUCGUUCAUUUUCUGGAUAAAACGCCGACGACUUUUCUUGAAUUAGAUACCAAGGGACGUGUAAUACGUUUGGAUUCUGUGAGUAAAGUUAUCAGCUCUGGACUUCGUCUAGGUGUUGUUACAGCUCACAGAGAAAUUAUUAAAAAAUUAACUGCACAUAUGGAAACAACAAGCAUUCAUCCUUCUUCUCUAUCGCAAAUGUUACUGUACAAAUUAUUAAACACAUGGAGCGUAGAUAAGCUGCAAGAACAUUUCAACGACGUUCAAAAAUUUUAUCGUGAUAGACGAGAUCUUAUGUUGUCUUUGAUUAAAAAACAUCUUACGGUUAUCAGCCCCGGACUUCGCCUAGGUGUUGUUACAGCUCACAAAGAAAUCAUUAAAAAAUUAAUUUUGCAUUUGGAAACAACAAGUAUUCAUCCUUCGUCUCUAUCGCAGAUGUUGCUAUACAAAUUAUUAAACACAUGGAGCGUGGAUAAGCUGCAAGAACAUUUCAACAACGUUCAGAGGUUUUAUCGCGAUAGGCGAGAUCUUAUGUUGUCUUUGAUUAAAAAACAUCUUACGGGACUGGCUGAAUGGAACGUCCCGAAAGGUGGAAUGUUCGUUUGGUUGAAAGUAAAUAAAAUAAAGGAUACAAUGGAAUUAGCAGACAAGGAAUGUAUUUCACAUGGGAUUUUUAUUAUUCCUGGUCAUGCAUUUAACUACGAUCGCUCGAAGCCCGAACGGCAUAUUAGGCUCAGUUAUAGUUACGCAACGCCUGAGGAAAUCGAUAAGGUCCUUGUUUUAUUCGAUCCUUCAUUAUAUUUAAUUCAUUUGCUGACUUUUAAUAUCAUUUCAAAUUUCAGUACACAACGGCCUUUAUCUCAAAUUUGUUUUAAUAUUUCACUAAUUUCUAUUUGAAAAUUAUUGGUCUUGCAUUUUCUUCUAUUUCCAGGCGCUUACGAUACUAGCUAAACUAAUACGUGAGGAGAUUAAAAAAUUGGAUUAA